GGUAUGUGCGCGAGUGCGUCUAUGUAGACAGUUGAUCCGGAAAUCGGUGGUGUGGGAGACUUAUCUAUCAUCUACAUUAAUCGUUAUAUUUUUCUUCAUUUGAUUUUUCAGUUUAAUCCCUCUUGUUGUAUGAGUACUAAAGCAGAAAAACCUGUGCUCCAAGGGCAGCGAAUAAAAACACGGAAACGUGAUGAAAAAGCAAAAUUUGACCCAAUCGGUUUUAGAGACAACAUCCUCCAGGGUUUUGCUGGCAUUGGCGGUUCUGAUAUAGAAGCCAUUCACAAAUACCUGGACGCUGCUGGGUCGAAGCUUGACUACCGUACCUACGGCGAGGCUCUCUUCGACAUUCUCUUGGCUGGUGGUAUCUUAGCUCCUGGCGGUGCCGUGAGCGAGGAUGGGGCAGAAUCGGGGCCGGUGCGCACGACCGUGUGCGUUUUCGGCGCGCCUGCGGCCGACAUCGAGACGCUGCGCCCCUACGCGCAGCUCUUCGUGCGUCUGAUGCGCCGUUACAAGUACCUCGAGAAAAUCUUCGUCGAGGAAGUGAAGAAGUCCAUGCUGUUUUUGCGUGGUUUCUCUGCCGGCGACCGCGAUCGCCUCGCUAUCUGCAUCGCCAUGUGGGCCGUGGACGGCGUCGUGCAGCCCACCGUGCUCUCCAACCUCAUCCAGGAGCACCUCGUCAGGGAGGGCAUCGCUGUUGAUUUUAUUUGCAAGGUGUUGCUGACUGUGGGCAGCCUGAAAGACAGCUCGCAAGUGACGAUAUUCCUGCGUAAAGCUAAGCUGGAGCGACGCAUCAUGGAGUUUUUGCCGGCCAACAAGCGCACGCCCGAGUAUUUCAGCAACCUCUUUGAAGAAAAAGGCUUGGGUGAAAUCGUGAAGAUGCAAAUGAGUCUAAAGAAAGAGAACGGCGUGAUGAGCCUCCAGCGCUACCUCACCCAGCAUCUGCAUGACAAGACUCCUAUCAAGGACAUCAGUUUGAAACUCACGCAGCUCUCCGAGAAGCAUAACAUUGGGGAAGCCACUAUCAUUGCCACUGUAUGGAGCAGUGUGAUGGCUGACGUUGAGUGGAACAAGAAAGAAGAGCUGGUCGCUGACCAGGCACUCAAGCAUCUCCGUGUGUACACGCCGCUCUUCCGCGCCCACACGCAGACUGCGCGCUCAGAGCUUCAUCUUCUCGUCAAGGUCCAGGAGUUCUGCUACGACAACAUGAACUUCAUGAAAGUUUUUCAGAAAAUCGUUCUACUUUUCUACAAGAGCGAAGUGCUCUCUGAGGAAGUAAUCCUGAAGUGGUACAAGGACAGUCACUCCGCCAAAGGCAAGACUGUCUUCCUCGAUCAGAUGAAAAAAUUUGUCGAAUGGCUACAAAAUGCGGAAGAGGAGAGCGACGAGGAAUCCGACGAAAAGGAGGACUGAAAUUCUUUGCCUCAAUUGGGUCGUAUUUCUUAAGCAAUCCAUCUCCAGAUUUUGAUACAAAAGAUCCUUGAUGAACAACUUCGUCUCGCUUUGUGUGCGAGCUGAGGUGUUUUCCACAAAAUCGUCCGUUUGCCUACCACAUCUCGUGUUUUGCUCGCUUGCCCUUUCUCAUUUUUUAGUAUCCUGCUAUGCUUGCUUCUUGUCUGCUCUGGUGCGUGUAUAUUUUGUGGUCCACUAACCUCACCUCUGCAUCAAAAUCUCGUAUGCUGUGUAUUGUGUUGCGGAAACACGACCGUUGCUCACGACUCAGUCAGCGUGUAUGUAUAGAGCUCCUGUGACCUCUGUUUGUGCACACGUUUGAUGUUGCUGACGCCAGUUCUAUUUUUUCUCUGACGCAGGAGCCGACAAACCUUAAUUCGUAGGAAGCGUCAGUUUUGCGUCCCUGUUGAUGAAGUUUGUAACUCCCUGUGAUUUAUAUCUAGAGGUCUUUACGUAAGCUUCGGGAUUGAAUAGAUAAAAGGCAGAAGUAUUUUCUUGUGUACGGGUGACUUUUGACUGUCUUGCUUUUAAUAUUUUAUCAAUUAGAUGGAAACCUAAUUAUUUUUUAGUUUACGUCAAUAAAUUCACAUUUCUAAGC